AGCCACCAGAUUUUUUUUUUUUCUUUGACUGGAGAUGGCCGAGUCGCCAGUGUUUUUAAACACAGAUGUGGUCGCACGUUUGCUCUGCUACGGCGAUCUGCUUCCCAGACUGGAGUCUGCCAUGGGAAAGUUUUCCAAACGUGAAAGUUCGGAAAUAAUUCAGCCUGUGAGAUCAGUGGUACCCAUUCACAAACAUGAUGGGUUUUUGGGUCUGAUGCCUGCAUAUAUGGCCGCUGAGGGGAUUUUAUGUACUAAGAUGGUGGCUUUCUACAAACGUGCAGAGGGCUCGAGUUUACCAUCAACUCAAGCCACCGUGUUACUGUUUGAUCCGGAGUAUGGUAAUGUUACAGCGAUUAUGGAUGGGGAGGCGAUCACAGCCAGACGAACAGCAGCAGUGUCAGCAAUAUCAGCUAAACUGUUAAAACCUGCUCUGUCAGAGGUGUUGUGCAUCCUCGGUUCAGGGCAACAGGCUAGAAGCCAUUAUGAUGUCUUUACAAAGGUUUUCAAGUUUAAAGAGGUCCAUGUGUGGAGUCGAAGGAGAGAAAUGGCAGAGCAGUUUGUAAAUGACCUCAGAGGCCUUGUGACACUGUGUUCUUCAGUGAAGGAGGCAGUGAUGGGAGCUGAUGUAAUAGUCACUGCCACAAGUGCAAGUGAACCCAUACUGUUUGGCGAGUGGGUCAAACCAGGUGCCCACAUUGCAGCGGUUGGUGCUUGCCGGCCAGACUGGAGGGAGCUGGAUGAUGUCUUAAUGAGAGAGGCAUUGGUGUAUGUGGACAGCAGAGAGGGUGCUUUAGCAGAGUCAGGAGAUAUCAUUCUGUCUGGAGCUCAGAUUUUCGCAGAGCUUGGAGAAGUUAUAAAUGGAUCCUUUCCUGCUCAGCGUGAGAAGACUACAGUGUUUAAGUCACUGGGUAUGGGGAUACAGGAUGCCGUCACAGCCAAACUUGUGUUGGAGAAGUGGAAAAUGGAACAGUUAAGGACUGAAAAUACAGCUUCCCCAGAUGAUUAAAAGAGUGUUUUCUUGCCUGGUCAUAAGAACAUAAUGACAGAAUGGCCUCACUCUUUACAUAGUCCUUUAAAGUUUAACAGAUUGGAAAUUACAUUUAAUCAUUAAAAAAAAAAUUCCCAUUGAUUUUUCAUAAAAUACUUUAUACAAGAGUUCUUAAGCCAUUAAUCCAAACCAACCAGCUCCGAGCUGAAUCUAGUAAUAUAUAUUAUAUAUAGGGAGGCCGGAUGUAUGGCGUCAUGGGAGUUGAUGGAUGCUGCAGAGCUCAUCUGCGAUUGGUGGAUUUUUGUCUGUUGGAGCAUGGGUAGUGUAGUUCUUCACCAGGAAUUACUGUAUUAAACACGGUUUUUAAAAAAUGAAGUUGAAAUAAUAAGAAUGCAUAAUAAUGCAGCAGUAAAAAUCUAUUUGCCUAGGAAAAAAAUUAUUAAAUGGGAUCUUUACUUCUGGUGCCAGACUGUUCUGUCCAAACAAUCUUUUGAGUUUUUGCCGCAACUUUAGUGAGCAAAAGGAAAUUGAGUUGUUAAUUUGGUUUCUAUUUCUGCAGCAUAAUGCAGGGUAGCUCCAACCACAUUGAAAUCUCAUUGUUUCAAAAUCCAGCUGUAUAUUAAACAUAAAAUGUUUUAUUUGGCUGUGAUUGACAUAUUGAGCAGAAUAUUUACUUUCACUUAAGACAUAUAAACAACUUGUGGCUGAUAUCUUAUUGUAUCAUGUCUGGUUAAGGAAUAUCCCUGAUUCAAUAUAUGAGUUAAGCUCAAUUGACAGCAUUUGUAGCAUAAUACAGAUUACAAAGGAAAUAUUUUCGGCUCAUCCCUUGUUUAUAUAAUAAUCAUGGUUUCAGUAAUACAAUUGCAGUGGAAGUGAAUGGGGCUAGUCCAUAAACAUUAAAAUACACAUGGUUUCAAAAGUAUAGCCAAAAGUCUCAAACUUACACUACACAUACUGAAGUCCCACUGCAGCCUAUUUUCUGUUCUUGGCUGACAGAAGUGGAACCCGACAUAGUCUUCUGCUGUUUUAGCACAUUCGCCUCAAGGUUCGACAUGUGCAUUCUUAGAUUAUAUUUUGCUCACUACAAUUGUACAGAGGGGUUAUCCGAGUUACCGUAGCCUUUCUGUCAGCUCAAACCAGUCUGGCCAUUCUAUCUUGACCUCUUUCAUCAACAAGGUAUUUCCAUCUGCAAAACUGCCGCUCAUUGGAUGUUUUUUAGCACCAUUCUGAGUAAACGCUAAAGGCUGUUGUGUGUGAAAAUCCAAGGAGAUCAGCAGUUACAGAAAUAUUCAAACCAGCCCGUCUGGCACCAACAAUCAUGACAUGGUCAAAAUUAUUGAGAUCACAUUUUUUCCCCAUUAUGAUGGUUGUUGUGAACAUUAAAUGAAGCUCAUGACUCGUAUCUGAUUGACUAUAUGCAUUGCACUGCUGCCACACAGAUAAUUGCACGAGUAAGUAGGUGUACAUGUGUUCCUAAUAAAGUGGUCACUCAGUUUGUUAAUAUGACUCUCGUAAGAUAUAAUCACUGCCCUAUAUAAUCUUAGUGUUGUAAAAUUGCUGUGUUUAUAGCGUUGCGUCAUCAUGGCAAUACAAUUUGUAAUAUUGUAUAUAGCUUCACACUGGCAAGGUUAGCAAGCAAUUUUUCACACUAAAAUCAUGGGACCACAUAACGUUUAUGCCAUGUGGCGAUACUUUUGAUACUGUGUAUUUUAUGAAUGAUUUUAACUCACUUUCAUUGCAAGUGCCUUGCCGUAACUGCAAUUUUUAAAUGAAUGAGGACCAAGUCAAAAAUAUUUUCUGUGGUAAUUAACAUUCUUAUACAAAUGC